AUGAGGGAUAAAAUUACUAAUAUUUCUAAUCACAAUUCCAAAAAAUUGUUAGAUAUCUCCUGCAAACCUGCUGAAUCCCGAUAUUCAAUCCUCAUCAAAAUUGGGUUAUUGGUCCCUUUGGAGCCUGAUCUGGCUGAAAAACCUAGUGAGUAA